GACUGCUAUAAACCCGGACUGGUAUAAACCCGGACUGAUAUAAACCCGGACUGAUAGAACCCGGACUGCUAUAAACCCGGACCCGGACUGACGGCGCGGUCGCACAGAAACCUACACCACCAAUGGCACAUUGUGGAUUCGGAUACGUGCAUUACAUUACAUUACAUUUCAGAAGGACAUGCAGAAGGACAUGCAAUAUUUUGCGACCGUAUUUCCGAGUCUAGUCCUCACUAACACACGGACCUGGAGUUUGCACAUUUCAUGCACAAAGAAACUGUUUCCUGGUUGCAAUUGAAAGGACAUGAAAAGCUGCACGAGCGCGUUGUUGUGAUGCCACUGAGGGAAAAUAAUUCCUGAAGAGGAGCAUUUUUAUACCUCAUUUGAGCGUCUGGAAGGAUUGUGAAUUCAAAGUCCUCUUGAUCGGAUCACAUGAAGUGGAAUUGUGGUGUUUUUUUUUGGAAGCGAUAUGUUCCAUCCGACCACGUGAUAUUAUUUUAUUUAUUUCUUUUCUUAAUCUUCUCUUGUGUUAAAGUAGAUGUUGUAUAGCCAAUAAUAAAACCAUUUCCCUCGCAGUUUCGGACGCGACCUACCAUGUGGUGAACAUCAUUCAUCUGAUGGAAAACAGCAUUACAUUUUCUAAAGCAGGCGAAUUUUAUAGGGUUUAAAGAUGAAAUGGAUCAGUACUCGUUUAGCAUCGGUUAUAUUUAAUGUGCACAGUGCUUCAUUCCAACUUUGGUUUUCCAACUAUUCCGAAUGGAAUGAUUUUUUUGCAUUUUUUAUCUAUAUUGUGCCUGUUUUUUCCACUUUCAGCUAAAUAAGGAUAAAAGCAAGGUUAAGAGCAAACUCUGAGACUGGCUCUUGGACUAAGCUUGAAAAUUCAGCUUGAUUUCCAUCACCACAUUGAUGCAGAAUAAAAAAUAAAAAUUAAUAGCAGUUCUGAUCUCCCAUCAAACAGCCCGGGUUUUAUUUAUAUUGACCGAACAGGUACAUUUGCUUGUUCACAUAAUGACAUUAAAAUGAAUGGAAGGGAGCAAUAUGAUGUCUUCUGUCCACAAGGGCUCAUGGAUGUGCAUGCAGGAGGACUAAAGGAGAAGCCACAGCAACAGGAUAUGCCAAUUUAUGGAUUUUUUAAUAACCAUCAGACCCAUGCACACCAUCAGUCACUCUUCAGAGGAGACUUUGGGGAACCUGGGAAUGGAUUCACAUAUUUACCUGAAGGUAGUACAAUGGAUUAUGGGGGUAGUAUGGGUCCUCAGCAGGGAACCACAGAAGGAUUUGUCUUGCUUGAAAAGGGAGAGACAGGGGCUGUGUUUUCUCAGCAACAGCACCAAAGACUAGGCUCAUUGUUAGACUACGAAACCUACAGAUCUUCCAGUAGAAACCACCACAUCCCUAUUCACUGUCUUCCCCUGGACCAGUCACUGAAUCAGGAAAGUUUUUCAUCAUCAUUUUCUUCUUCUGAGUGCAAUUCAAGGUCCUUACAUUUUGAGGCAGGAAGGCAGUUGCCAGGGGUCGGUUUUUCUGGAAACUCAGUCUUCUCUCAAACUCCAAGAAUACCGGGUAUCUCUAAAGGAUAUCACCACACACCUAAUCAGCAGCAGCAAUCCCCAUCACACCAUAAUGUGUGCAGAAUGCCACGGGGGAUGGGGCUUGGUUCAAGGUACCCUCUAAUACAGCAGAGGACCGAGGUAAUAUUCAGACAAAAUUCUAGCCCAUUGUCACAUCUCCAGCCACAACAACAUCACACUGCCUCCACCAAUACCAGUAUGCAUAAGAGCAGCAUUGUAAUGCCUGGUCAGCAUAAUCAUUUUGAAUGCAAAAUUCAAGGAUUAGAGAAUAAAGAGAUGCAUUCCUAUAUUGACCCCUCAUUAAAUAUGCAGCAGCUGUCUACCCUCCCAGAGCAGACUUCCAGUCAGAGGCUGCAGCAUUUUGACUCUCUCUAUUUAAAUGCGGGCCAAAGGUCAAGGUUUGAUUUUUCUAAUGUCCAUCAAGAGUGCCCACAGAACAUUAUCAUGAACUGCCCACUUGGCUUGAAGAAACUCUCCUUCACAGCGCACCCAGGCCUGUCUGGUGAGUUCACUACCCAUGAAAAUCUUCUGUCAAUACAAAAUGCAGAUUCAGUGUCUCUUCAAAAGCAGAAUGCUGCCAUGAUGAUCAAGCGAGUAGCCUCUUGGAAUCAGCAGCAAAGAAUGAAACAAACCAACAAGCAGCAGCUUCGUCACCAUGGAGAACCUAAGAACUCUAUAGUACAUGUGCAAAACAUGUCUCACUCUGGCUUUGAGAGACACAGAGGUGGGAAAAUAGUACAUUUUGAUGUAAUGGACUCAAACUUGGUCUCUGACAGCGGCUGGAUUUCUCAAAUGCAUACAUAUGGGACAGGUGCAAAACUGAAAGAAAUGCACACAAACGAUUAUUCAGGGCAACCAAUAGGUGGUCAGUCUCAGCAUGUGGAAGUAUACAAUGCUGCUCAGGGAAUGAACUCAUCUCCAGGGAAUUAUGCCUUCCAGUCACAGCUUUCACCAGCACAACAAAUCUUAAACAGCAAAAUAGAGACUCUUGAUAAAGCAGGUUGGAAGAACAAAUUUUUUGGACAGAGUUGUCUAUCAGCUCUUUCUACAGCCUGCCAGGACAUGAUUGCCAGCCUGGGGACUCCUAAGAUUAACAUAACAUACAACAAGAAGAGCCAGGUAGAAGGAAAACGAAAGCUUAAUCAAAGUGACCAUGACAUGAAUGCUAGCACAGCCACCAUGACUGUUGGCUUUGGGCCAGAUUAUUUUUCAGCAAAUUGCAAUGACACAUUAGUUGGUCCAAAUCAGACAGUGCACGAGAACACCAGUGCCCUCUCCUCAUGUCACAACCUGGAAAAUACACCAUGUACUGAGACACAAACAACAAGGAGCGGGAAAGAGAGGAGAAAAAGAGAGAGUGGCCAUGUGAGCCCCGGGAUUAAUUUUCCAAACAAUAUUGGAAGCCCUGUUAUGAGUCUGGAUCAAUAUGCUCCACUACCAACUGGCACUGGAGAUAGUAAAUGGGGAAAGAGGAAUGAGCUUAUGCUGGGUGAUCAACCUGAGCUGUUAUCAACCAUGGACAAAGGCAUUCAAAGAGUGUCCAAAUCACCUGACUGCUGUAAUAAGACUGACUUCACAAAUUAUUUUGAAAACAGGAGAGACCACAAACCGCUGUUGGAUGGAUGGUCUGAAAUGCAAAGAGUGGGCACUAGAUUGUUGGGUGGAGAGACAAGGCAUAGCAUAGAUCUCACUGAAAACAUUACCUCAAUAUCAGAAUGCUGCAGAGGAGUAAAUCACCAAAUGAUAGCAAGCACAGACCAAGUUCACACACCCUGUAGCACCUCACGUCAGGAUGAGCGCCACCAACUGCAGAUAUUACAGACACAAAUCCAGCGUCAACAACAUCAACAACAACCUGCAUGUGAGUUUAAGAGAGAACAAUUCAAAGUCUGCUUGGAAUAAGGCUAAGCCAAAGCAUAAGACAGAGGAAGAUAUCCCUCAGCAUAAAAGUGGAAGGGACAGUGGAACUUCUGGGCCUGGGGGUUCUGGCCCUCAACGGUGUAUCACCAUCUACUGCACAGAUUAACAUCAUGGUGGAUCCUUUUCAUCCUGGUCCUCUCUUCACCCAGAAAUCUCCAACCAUUUUAAAACAUAAACAGCAUUGACAUAAAAGUUAAAUAUACAGUAAUACAUGGGUCUGUUUUAGAUUAUCUAAGACAAACAGAUGAAGGGCAUAUGCAGACACACAUACCCACAAGCAUAUAAAUGAACUGUGAAUGUGUUCAUGUGUGUAAAGGCCACACACUGUACUACAUCUAAACCUCACACUUUAUUUUAUAUGUUAUUUAAGCUUAAGCUUUUUUAUUUCUGAUGUCAGUUAGUACAAAAUGAAAAAUGUUUUACCUGAAUAUAAAAUUUAAUAUGGGAUGAAGCAAGGAAAAGUUACAUUUGGAACUGGUUUUGUAUAACAGUGUUUAUGUCUUUGUCCAUUGGCUAUGCUUUUUUUUACAAAUAAAUUCUAAUUCUGAAUUUAAA